AUGAGCAACAUCGACAUUCCACAGCACUACACCAAUUCGCCAUCGUCCAUCAGUGGAACGCCACAUUUAACGAUCAAUCGCGACAUCACUGCACUUGAUCUCGAUUCCAGCAAUGCUUUCGAGGGACCCGAGAAGCUCUUAGAAGUAUGGUUCAGUGCGUCGGAGAGGACGCUUCCGGCGUCGGCCUCUCCUUUGGGAUUGAAGGCCGUUUCGCAGGACUCAUGGAAGGAGAUGCUUGAUCUGGUCAACUGCAAAGUCUUGUCAGUCGUCGAGUCUCGCAAUGUGGAUGCCUAUUUGCUCUCCGAAUCGAGCAUGUUCAUCUUUCCGCACAAGGUUGUGUUGAAGACUUGCGGCACUACGACGUUGCUGUGUGGACUGCCACGCAUGCUGGAAAUUGCCGCGCUCGAAGGAGGAUUUCCGCAUGUCAAAGUCGACCUGUCUGUAUUUGGCACGUCUGCGGCUGCCACGCCUUACAGGGUCUUCUACAGCCGGAAGAACUUUUUGUUCCCGCACCAACAGAAGGGCCCGCACCGGAGCUGGCGUGACGAGGUGCGCUAUCUGGACAAGAUGUUCAUGAACGGAAGUGCGUACAUGAUUGGGAAAAUGAAUGGGGAGCAUUGGUACCUCUACAUCACGGGACCAGGUACUCAGCUUACUCCUCCAGCCACUCCAGAAGAGGGGCGUAUCGUGACCAAGAUUCAGCAGCUUCACUUGCCUGGAGGAAACGUCUGCGACAACGAAGACGGAGGCGAUGAGACUCUGGAGAUCCUCAUGACGGACCUCGAUCAGCGCAAUGCCGGUCAGUUCUACCUCGACGUCGCAAGCGACAUUGCCAAAGACAACGCACGUCGCGCUCAUGAGGCUCGCAAAGACGCUAUCCAACAUUUGGGCGUCAUCCAAGAGGCCAACAGCUCGGACCCUAGCAUCUCCGGCAACACCCUCGUAGAUGGCACCAACCGCUCUGACGACGCCUCCUUCGAUGUCUUCGCCCAAACCUCAGCCGACCACUCCGGCUUCAACUCUGAUAACGAGGAUCCAUCCAACGAGCCUCUCAGCUUUUCGCAGGAGUUGAGCACAGAGGGUCAUGUUCUUGGAAGCGUGGUCACUGAGAACUGCGGUCUUGCAGACGUCUACCCUACGUCUUCCUAUCCAGACGCUCAUAUUGAUUCCUACCUCUUCACGCCCUGCGGCUACAGCGCCAAUGGCGUCGUUCCCUUGCCCGGAUCAAACGAAACGACUCACUACUGGACCGUCCACGUCACGCCAGAACCAGUAUGCAGCUACGCCAGUUUCGAGACAAACGUGCCUACUCAUGCUCAGGGACGUGAGACGGUGGAUGUAGUGCAGCAAGUCGUGGGUAUCUUCAAGCCCGGCCGUUUCAGUGUCACGUUGUUCGAGGCUAAGGCCGAGGAUGGUGGUGAUAGCAUGGGCAUUAGUGCGGCGAAGAGGGACAAAAGGUUGGAUUGUGUCAAGGGGUAUAAGAGGAUCGAUAGGAUUGUGCAUGAUCUUGAGGGGUAUGAGUUGGUGUUCCGGUACUUUGAGCGGGAGGACUGGAAGGGUGGAGCUCCGAGGUUGGGUGAGAGGGGUGGAAUGAUGGAUGAGUGA